AUGAACGGCAUCACCAAGCCGUUACCCGGCCUCCUUGAUGAUCCCCAAUUCCAAAUAACUGAUCUCCCUGCUUUGACCGAUUUUCAAAUUGCUCCUCUUCGCAAUCCCGCUCCGACCCGCCAUGCAAACAUCCCUCUUCCGUUGGAGCCUUUGGCCAGCAACAUCCUCAACAACAGUCGAAAUACGAAGAAAAACACACAACCUGAAGACCACGGUGAGAAACGGCGGGCCCCAAAGAUUACACCCAAUGACGUCUUGCUCGCUCGAGAGUCCAAGAAACCACAUCUGGCCAUAAGUGAAUUGCUGGAAGCCAACGAUGGUCCAGAAAUCGCGCCGACACACCUGCCCUCAUUCAUCAGCUUGUCCGUUGUUGAAAAGUCCCCCAUCCAAGCACCAACGGAGUUGGACGAACAGCACCAUUCUCAGAAACGCAUAAGACUCGAUACGGAGAAUGAUCACAUAGCUUUAGAUCUCAUUAGACGACUUCCUCGACCGGCGCAGAAAGAUGAAAGACAAACCAGGCCAGCCCCUUUACUUCCAGCCAUGGUAACAGGCUUACAUGAGCCUCCACCCUCUGCAGCGUUAUUGCCAUCGAUUGAUGUCGACUCUCGACCGAAUGUCUCGCGGACGACCACAACGUCCAAAAUUCACGUCAAGGACAUCCUCACUCAGUCGGAUGAGAAUGGAUCGCCACCUCCACCAGCUCGACAAGUCACUCUUACCGGAAAGGAUGUGGCCAACGUCAAGCAGUCUCUUGGAUCCCAUGCAACUCGCUCGCAGGAAGUUAGCCCAGUUGCUACGGAGCCACCUCAACCUGUCGGGACCUGGAAAGAUAACAAACCGCGCCGAGCUCGACGCAAGUGGUCAGAAGACGAGACCAAAGAUCUCCUGGCCGGCGUCAAAAAGUAUGGCGUCGGUAAAUGGAAACAGAUUCUGGACGAUCCAUCAUUCAGCUUCAGCGAACGGAGUUCCGUCGACCUGAAAGAUCGCUACAGAGUUUGCGCCAAUAAUGACUCGGUCCCCAAAUUAGAUACUGCCCCGGCCAAAGUUGUGCCUAACACGGAUCCGACCACUGUCGCUGAAGCUCGUGGAAAUUCGCCGGACACAGCAUCACCGGAUAAAGCCACGGCAUCUAUCUCGCCCAUUGAUCAAGGCCAGGCACCGAAGCAGCGUCGCAAGCGGCGUGCCUGGACUGCUCUCGAAGACGAAAAUCUCCUGAAAGGGGUCGCAAAGCAUGGAUUCCAAUGGACCGCCAUUCAUGACGACGUGGAACUCGACUUGAAACAUCGACGCGCAACUGACUUACGUGACCGCAUCCGCAACAGGUUUCCGGACGGCUAUAAACAUGCCGAAACGGCGCCGUUGAGAUCAGAAGUGAAAAAGGCAGAGAAGCUUGGUGUUUCCUCAAGGGCCACUGCUACAUCCGCCAUUGAGAACGCAUCCACCCCGACGAGGAACUCCGCAACCCCAAGUAUACCACAGAAUACACCUACGCCUCCUCAGACCGACAGAAGCACACCGACUCCAACUCGUGUUGUCAACGGACCAAUCAAGCCACCCCUGACGUCUGCGUCCAUGACAAUGUUAAUCCACAGCGUGGGUAAAGAUGGAGAGAAUACCCGAGAAAAGGACAAAGCCGACAAGGAUAAAGACCGAGACCGGGAGAGAGGACUGGAAAAGCCAGGCGUGAAAUUACCUAGCCUCACGCUAGACGUCGAUGAUGAUAUGGACUGGGAAGAUAAUAGACUUCCUCCUCUACAUGAGUGGGAUGAAAUUGGGUUAAAAAUCGAAUGA